AUGAUACCAUCUCAAUUUAAAAAAGUAAUCAAUCCUAAAAUUCUAAAGAUCUAUAAUGAUUUAUAGAGAAUGUUUAAGAAUCUAUCAGUUUUCCUUAAUUUAGAGUUAAAGACAAUAUAUAUAAAACUAAUUAUGUAUCUUAUGAUGAUAAGAAUUAUAAAACUGUUCAGUUGAAAUACUAAAUAUUAUUAAUCCUUAGAAGAAUAGAAGUAAUCUGGUAUUAAUAAACUAUUGAUUAAAUCAUAAGAUUUCCAUCUAGAAGUUGGAUUGCACUAAAAGAUAAAAUUGAAUUGAAAAUCAGAAUAUCUCAAAUUUGUUGAAUAAAAUCUAGGAUUUCUCAAGGCUUUUAAACAAUAUGCUGAAGUUGUAUAAUAAUAGAUAUAUUAAGUUAGAAAUCUUUAUUGGAUUAAACCUAAAGAUAAAAGAGAAGACUAAUCAUUACAAAGACCAACUCAUAAACCUCAUAAUUAUGAACUUUGUCUUCAAUUAUUGA